AUGGGAGCGAGCGACGACUCAUCUUUCUUUCUGUAUGGUGUGGGGGAGCGGCCCGAGGCCCUAACGCUGGGUUCCCUCGUAUUGGAGAAGUAUUGGCAGCCCAUGAUUGCACGUCACUAUACACACGAUAUUUUGAGCGAUAACGAUCUACGCAAGAAUGCCUACGCUACCAAUCUCACCAAUGUUGUCCUUCACGGCACGAGCCGGAUAACGCCUUCUGUUGGUGUCGAAGCUGGCGAUAUUGUCAAUCUCAAUCUUGCAUAUAACAAAGACCGUGACAGAAUUGUUGUUGCAGAGAAAGGCACCCGGAUCAUUCUCAAAGAUCCGGAGGAGUUCCUUAUGGAGAAUGUCCUGAACAACCCUCUUGCCCAGCAGAAACUAAAAUUAUGGCUAUCAGCUGCUCAAAGUGCCUAUGUGCUUAACUUCAAAUUUGCUCGACGGCCGAAGGUCUGGUUAAUGACUGGGCUAUACCUACUAGAAGGAACUAAGACAGUCGUUUCGAGAAGCGACUCUGCCAAGAUAUCCGCAGGCAUUUCUUCGGCACUCAUCGGCGCUCUAUCCGGCAUUCCCAUCGGUGGGUCUGUGAGUUUGGGAGUUGAUUCAUCAUGGGACAUGACUAUGGAGGUCUCCGAUCCGCAUGUCUGGGCAGCCCAGUACCGGUUACUUGAUGCGCGCUUUAUCAAGAUGGGGAAGAGUGGUGUGGAUGGGGUGAAAUUACCGGCUACACUUGGCCUUUAUAGAGACGUCAUGUCGGUGAAUACGGCCCGGGGAGGCGGAGGUCAGUCAAUUGAGCUGGGUCUCAAGGAGGAAGAGAAGCGAGAGACAAAGGCGGAGACGGAGGCAGAUUUGGGUACACCUAUGGACGAUGACCAGGACAGUAUGGAGUUGGAAGAGUACGAAAAACGGCUUGAACAGGCCAUCAAGGUUUUCGAGAAAGCGCCGAAGCAUUUCCUGCAGUGA